CAACAAUUGGUCGAUUAAUUCAGGAAGCCAAAAUGGAUGGGGUCCCUACUGAAGGGCUCCCAUAACGAGCUCUUCUACGUCCCGUCCCCUUCUCCCCACCCCUCACUCCAUGGUACUGGCGGAGGGCGGAGGGAUCUGGAGGCGGCGGAGGGAGACGUCAUUGCAGGGUUGUUUGUGCAACCUCGGCCGCGGCGGUGACCCACAGUGAUUCGGCCGCCGCGCCGGGGGGCGGGGGGGCUGCGCGGGACUUUUUUCUUUCAGACUGACUGCGGGGCAGCUGGGGAGCAUGUCGACCCCGGCCCGGAGGAGGCUUAUGCGGGAUUUCAAGCGAUUGCAAGAGGAUCCACCUGUGGGUGUCAGUGGCGCACCAUCUGAAAACAACAUCAUGCAGUGGAAUGCAGUUAUAUUUGGACCAGAGGGGACACCCUUUGAAGAUGGUACUUUUAAACUAGUAAUAGAAUUUUCUGAAGAAUAUCCAAAUAAACCGCCAACUGUUAGGUUUUUGUCCAAAAUGUUUCAUCCAAAUGUGUAUGCUGAUGGUAGCAUAUGUUUAGAUAUCCUUCAGAAUAGAUGGAGUCCAACAUACGAUGUAUCUUCUAUCUUAACAUCAAUUCAGUCUCUGCUGGAUGAACCGAAUCCAAAUAGUCCAGCCAAUAGCCAGGCAGCACAGCUUUAUCAGGAAAACAAACGAGAAUAUGAGAAAAGAGUUUCGGCCAUUGUUGAACAAAGCUGGAAUGAUUCAUAAUAGACAACUGGUCUGUUAAUCUUUUUCAUCAUUGUUGUGUAUAAUUUACCUCUCAGUAGAAAGGCUAACAAAUUUUAAGUGCCACAGGUUUUAAGGAUUCUGCAGAAAAAAACGUCCUUCAGUUUAGAACCUACAAAAGCUUGUGUAUCUUGAUUAAUGUACUUUUUAUUGCAUGGUGUGAACUAAGUUAUUGCUUACAUAAAUUUGUAAUAUAUCCUGUUUGUAUUUUUUUCCAAGUGUAUAAUGUUGGUGUGGAGUUUUCAUUACAGAAUAUACACAUUUUGUAAAUCUGUACUUUUUUCAAAUAUUGAAUGCCUUAUUUUUGAAUUCUUUAGAUUUUUAAAUUGGAGAAAAGCACUUAAAGUUUUUUAUAUAUGAAUAUUACAUGUAAAGCUGUUAAAAUACAUAACUUCAGUGCAAGAGACUUUGUCACUUAUUUCCUUAUCUGAGUAGGAGGGGUUAAUAAGUCUCUAGCUCUUCAUCAAUUGAUAGGUUCAUUUUUAAUUUCAAAAGAACACAUUUAUAUUUUAUCAAGAAAUUCUUCAAAUUUGAUUCUAAAUACCAGUUAUAAUCCAAAACUUUAUUUUGAAUGUAUCUAUAUUAGUUUCAGUUGAGCAAUUAUAGACAUAACUGGUUUGAUUCUCUCCAGCUCUAUAUUUAGGCCACUUGUUACUGUUUCUUCAUGCACUACUUACUGUUCAACUGUACCUUUUGGGAUUUCACAAUUGGCACCUCUACCACGAGGAAUUGGCACCUCUGAGGAAUUGGCACUUCUACCGUGAGCAGAGAGCUGAUGCAACUUAUUUUGCUGCUUGAUAGCACUUUAAAAGAUUUUUGAUAAUGAAACAAGUAAAACCAUUAACAUUUACCAAAAACCCAUGCCCCACUAUUAACAAUAAAUAAGAAUUUGUUGCAUUGGUUUGAAUAAGGCAGAUAUUUGGAAGGAAUCUUGGUGUAAUUUAAAUAUUUGAAAACUGCCUUUUAAUGCAGUUGCCUAUUUGUUUACUCUGGGAAAAUGUUUUAAUACCAGGGCCUGCUGAGUUGCUUUCUCUUGUGGAGAUAUUUUUUUUUAAUCUCCUAAAUUGUAUAAAAGUUGUACUGCAUUUCAGUUUAUUGGAUAAACUUAAAACACAGUAUUGUAGAAAGCUAAUACAAAGCUAUCCUAUGCCUUCAAAUAGUAUAGAAAAUGGAAAAUAUACAAGUAAAUUCUGUUGAACCACCUGUGUAGUCUUUCUAGUAGUUAAAACAGCUAUUACAUUAACCCCAAGAGUUUCUUGCACAUUCAUACUAGCUUAGUAAGCUAAUAGCCUCUGUUCUAUUGGAAGACUAAUUUCUUCUCUGCUGGAAAACUGUAGGAUGGCAAUAUCUGUAGGUUCUAUUUAUUAAGCAAAAUUUGGGAAGGGUAAGUGCUGAUGUUUCCCUUAAAAGUUAAUACUUGGGAAAUUUGGGGUAAGUAUGAACUUAGGGAACUUUUGAUACACUUGAGAGUUCACUCACUGGAAUUAUGCCCCCUCCCCACCCAAAAAAAAGAUGGUUUAUUUAAAGGUUCUUUUUGGUCAUAUCAAAUGUGUGAUACUUUUAUAUUCAGCUCUAAAACAGUUUUUUACUCCAGUGAUUGACUCUUAGAUUAAAUAUGCAGUAGCUAUGAUAGUCUCCCCUCUUAUUUCAUUAAAUGCUAUUUGGAUACUGCGCCAAAAUCUAUUUUUAUCCUUAACCUGUUUUCCUUCCCCUAUUUAAAACUGAAACAUUUCAAGUACUGGAAGAUAAUUAUAAGGAAGUUACAUCUUACUUUGCAGGGAGUUAAUGAGCUCUCCUAAAUUCAACACAUGCAUAAAACUCAUACCUAGUCCCAUUCCUAUUGGAGAAAAUUCUUAGCAAUGUUCCAUUUCUCAGCUACUCUUCACAGUUUUUUCCUUCAGCCUUGGAACAGAUUCCUGUUUCUUUGGUUGAAUACCAGAUGUACUUCAGUUUACAAAGUCAUGUCAUACAAAGAAUGUUUGCUUUAAAAUUUACUACAUAAAUUUUAUAAAUGUAUGAUAUGGCAAGAGGCUAGAACUAAUUUAUUUUGGUACAAAGUUGGGUUCAUGUUAAAGUGCAUUUGUGAUGUGCAGUUCCUCUGUAACAAUACUUCUAACAUAUAAUUCUGUACAAGGCACUAUUCUAAGCACUUUAACAUGAUCACAUUUCAAACUCAGAGUAAUCUUAUGAGGUGGGUACUACUGUAUCACAGAUGAGGAAACUUGGUACAGAUCAAGUGACUUUCUCAAGGUCAACCAGCUAGUUUGUGACAGAGCUGGGAUCUGAACGCAGGCAGUUGGGUCUUUUAGCCAAUAACUACUAUCCCUUAAGAGAUAUUAAGGGAUUGAGUUUAGUUUUAAAAAUUCUGCUGAACUUAAAUAUUCAUCCCAAUUUGUGAAAAUUCAUAAGUUGAUUCAGAGUUUUAUAUAGACUUGUAUCUAUCCAUUGAAGAAGUUUUCACAAUUUUCCACCUUUUUUUUUUUUUUUUAACGUAAACAAGUAAAGUCUGGAUAUAGGAACACUUUCUGGUAUCUGAUAGAAAGCACUCUUGACUUAUAGACCAAAUUUUUUCCCCUUCGUAGAAAUAUCCUUGGGUCUGUACAGACAUACACACCCCAAAAUUAAGAAGUUCCAUGUAUAUGAAUAACUUCUGGAACUGAUCUAAAAAUUCUUCCUCGUGUAGGUGGAAGGUAGUGGAGAAGAAAUCUAUUGAAGGUGGCUUAUUUAGUAACAGUCUGUUGCGUGUCCAGUAAUUAAGGUACCUGUCUUAAUUUAUUCAUUUAGUACUCUUUUAAAAAAGAGAAGCUUGGGGCUCAAAGCACAAUUUAGAGUUAUGUCUAAGGUAACCUCAGUUCUUCCAGGUUUUGAGAGAAAUCAAAUUUUUAGGUCUUGGUGGUGCUUAUUACAAUUUCUUUCUACUGCAUUCAGCAGUGCAAAUUCCCAAAGGAAUCUGGUAUGUGGCAAUUAUGUAUGCAAAUAGAAAAGUCAAUAAGUGGAAAGCUAUUAAAGCUAAAUGAUAUUGUCCAUAGGACAGGGGCCUUCGGCAAAGAUGGUAGCCCUGUUACUUCAGUUCCCAUCUAGUUAGGGAAAAACUAAACUGUUGUCUGAUAAGGGGAAAUUUUAGUUAUCUUGUUCUAGUAUACGAUGUACAGCACAAAGAUAUAUUAGAAACACAGAUGUGUGUGCCAUUCUUUCAGUAAUUUCUCCCCACCAUCACUACAGCUUUUUAAAACAUUUGUGUCAAUAAUAUUCUGAGGUUUUUAAGUUUCCUGUUCAUUGCAUGGACUAGGGCUUUUUUUAAGUUGGGCCCAAAAGAUGAAUGAGAUGUGCCCUUUACAAAUCUCUCUUAGCUCAGCAACAUUAGUUCCUUGGUGGUUGAAAUCAAGAGCCCUGGAAGGAAAGGCUCCAGGUUUCCUCUUUGGCAUAUGGAGGACUCAGGCUUGGGUUACAAGUCUGCAUGGACUGUCAGGAACUCUGCCAGUGACUUAGUGCUAAAGCUUGGCCACAGGAUGCUUUUGUUUACCAGUGACUUCUGGAAUCCUGUUUGGGAAGACUCUAAAAAUAUUGUGUAUAUUCUGCUGAGUAAAAGCAAAUAACCUUUUGGCUGGUUAGAGGUCUUGGUUUGGUUACAAGGGUGAUGCUUCUGUAGUCUUUCAUGGGGAUAUUACAGCUGAUCUAAAGUCUUACCUGGAAGACUGGGAUCUUUAAUGUGCCACUGGGUUAGGAACUUGUCUAGAGGAGACCAGGGCGUCUCUCUGAAAGGAUUCCCCUCAGGUUCCAUCACCCUGAACCACUGAGUUGUCAUUCUUCCUGGAAUGCAAGAGGGCUUCUGUGGUGUCUUGAGGGCUGCCACAGUGCAAACAUAAGCGCAUUUAAGGCAGACCUCUUAAUGCUGCUUCCUGUCUGAAGCCCUCUUCCCUUCCCCCUUUGCAAACAAGGCCUUGUGCCAAGAAUACUGCAGCCCACCAGCUGAACUGGGCUAGCAGCACUCUUGAACAGAAGAAUGUCAAAUGCAGAGACGUUUGCAGCUCUUUGGCUGGCCACUGCUUAAAGUUAUUCUACAAAACUCAGUUGGGAGAUUUUAUGUAUUUUGUUUUAUGUUUUUAUGUUGGUGCUAGUACAGAGACAACAGGAACAGGAAGCUUCUUGUCCUGAUAACCAUCCCUGGGCAGAGAAUAGGAAAGAAUCCAGAGACUUCAGCCCAUGUCUUCAGCUUCAGCUAAACACUUAGAAUAUUGCCUCCAAAGAAAAUAUAGGGCUUCCCUGGUGGCACAGUGGUUAAGAAUCCAUCUGCCAAUGCAGGGGACACGGGUUCGAGCCCUGGUCAAGGAAGAUCCCACAUGCCACAGAGCAACUAGGCCCGCGAGCCACAACUACUGAGCCCACGUGUUGCAACUAUUGAAGCCUGCACGCCUAGAGCCCAUACUCUGCAACAGAAGAAGCUACCGCAAUGAGAAGCCUGCGCACAACAACAAAGAGUAGCCCCCGCUCUCAGCAACUACAGAAAGCCCGCACACAGCAACGAAGACCCAAUGCAGCCAAUAAGUAAAAAUAAUAAAUAAAAUUUUUAAAAGAGA